AUUCCUAGUUUUGGAAUUUCCACUUUCGUUUUCAAAAGCCGAUAUGUAUAUUAAAACUAUACAGAAUAAAUUAGCUUUUGGAUUUACACGUAUGUGAUUUAAAUGGAACCGAGGUUUGAACAACUUCGGCGAAGCCAGUGAUUCGGAAAUGGAUUUCACCAUUGGACUUUUUACAAUAUUACUUCAGAUACCAAGAGUCAUAUCCUUUAUUGAUGGGGGUUGCCCACCUGAUAAACCGUUUUGUUCUGCUGUUGGAUGCUCCUCUACCUGCCCAGAGCCUUAUUUCGUGAACGGUUCUAACUGCGUGUUAUCAUGUGGCAACCUCUCAGUUAAUGAACGGCAGUGUGUGUCGUCUUGUCCAGAGGGUCACUUUGUAAGAGAAUCGUUAACUGUAGCCGGUGGUCGUCCGUACAUGAAGAGGCAAUGUGUUGAAUUCUGCAACGAAGAUGAGUACAUCUUUAACACCUCAUGCGUUAAAACAUGUCCGUUAAGUUCACCAUACAUAGGGUCCGGGCAAGCUCCAGUGUACACAAAGACAUAUCACGGAACACGUGUGUCAAAAAAUGUGUGUGGAACAGCAUGCCCUUUGAAUGAACCGUUGAAAGAAAAUUUUACUGUGUUUGGCAUAAAUUAUACGAGAUGCAUUUUAAGCUGCAAAACUAUCAUAGAUGGAGACUUUUGCGUGUCUAAAUGUAAUGCAAAAAGGCCUGUGUUUGAAGGAAGAUGUGUGGCAAAAUGUCCUUUGUCACACCCGCUACUUAACUCAAAAUAUCAGUGUGUGCCUACUUGCACAUCGUCGCUCGUUCUUCAGAAACAGGAGUGUUUAUGUCCGCCACAUCUACCUGUUGUAUACGAUGGACAGUGUGCAGCUAGUUGUAAUAAUUUAUUCAUGUACCCCAGCACUGAUGUGUCACUGUGUGUUAAUAGUUGCAAAGAUACCGAUUUUACCUUAGAUCGGAUAUGCGUUGAAGUGUGUCCAAGAAACACGUCGUUGUAUGUGAAGUCAUGUGUCCUGAAGUGCCCUGUUCAGCUACCAUACUGGUGUGAGACUGUUAAAGGGCAGGAGUGCUCUUUCCACUCAGGAAACAUUAGUGACGGCCAUUUUGUUUGUACAAACAAGUGUCCAUCUGGUAUGUAUGUUGUAAAUAAUGUCUGUGCAUCAACGUGUCCCAAGUUUUCGAACAGUGGAGAAUGCGUUACGUCUUGUCCUACUGACAGACCAUAUGUUUUUAAAAACAUCACAUGUUUUGACACAUACAUAAGCAAGUCUUGGUAUGAUGAUACUGGAACCAUUUAUUGUCUAAGCACUUCUAAAAUUAAAACUGACCUUACAUGUGUUGCCAAAUGUCCGGCUGGAUAUCAGCUAUAUAGUAAUGAGUGUGUUCUGUCGUGCAAUGCUCAAUUGGUAUCGUUUAAUAACUCAUGCGUAUCAGAAUGUCCUGAGGGAAUGUUUGUCGAGGAAACCUCAGCAACUCAAAUAUCUUGGCAAGACAAUGGACAUUCAAUGUCGGUCAAUGAUAAAACGUACGUUGUUAUAGAGAUCAAAGAGCUCAUAAAUGGGAACAAGUGUGUUGCCAAAUGCGACAAAUUCAUGUUUAACGGUACAUGCAUCGAUACUUGUCCAGACUCUUUUCCGUUUGAGAAAAACGGGAGUUGCGAUAACUAUACCUGUGAAUCAUUUUACUACGAAGAUAAAACAAACAAAGCGCACCUUCACUGUGUACCUCGUUGUUACAACGGUGACGUGUCAAUUGGAUAUCAAUGUUUUCAGGCAUGUCCUGAAAGUGCCUAUCAAUAUGGUGAUAUAUGCGUCAUGUCCUGUCCGCCAGAAGCACCUGUUAUCGAGGUGAACAUUUCAUCGGAAUGCGGAGGACAAUUAUGGUGCACGACUGGUUUAAGGCAGAAAAUUUGCAGAAAGUUCUGCUCAAAAACACUGUUGAAUAUUACUGGCAUAGCGAGUUGUGUUGACGUUUGCCCGCCACCAUUGUUAGAAUACAAGAAGAGAUGCGUUAAGACAUGUCCGCCGGAAGCUCCAAUCAUAAACAAUACUUUUGUAGUUAAUCAGCAGUGGCAUUACGGCCACGUAAGAAAUGUUACAAAAUCCUUCAAUGAAUGUGUCUUUUCGUGUGAUGUAAGAGGAAAACCACUGGAUAAAAGCAAGUUAUUUUGUACCAGCGAGUGUCCAUCGAAUUUGCCUUUUAUUAUUUCAAACAUAUGUUCUUCAGAGUGUAAUGAAUCGAUGCUGAGAAAUAAUGAGUCUUUUGGGAUAGAAUGUGUACAUGCAUGCCCGAAAGGAAAGGUGAACGUAAUUGGUCAUUGUUUAGACCCAGCCAGUUGCGGUGACGAGAAUGCGUAUGCAUAUGAUGGCAGAUGUGUAAAUUCGUGCCCAAAGGACAGGCCUUUUGGUAUGAACGGAGGCAAUAGAAGCUGUAUUGCUGAUUGUGGGAAAGAUUAUCUUUUUUCCAAUGGAACGUGUAUUUAUAUAAACAGUUGCAAAGAGUCCAUGAUUGUCUUUGAAGGUCAAUGUAUCGAGAAAUGCCCAGGCGGUUAUGGAAUUUUUGACACAUGCUACCACAUGAUAUUUUUCGUUUUGUGGGUAAUCGUAGUGUUUGGUUUGUUGAUCGUUUUCAUUAGACUGGGGAGACAAAUCUUCAAGGAAUACUUCAUCGUAUUGCGCAUGAUUGCCUCUGCUUCAUAUCUAUCUUCACUGACACACAUACUUUCAAAAAGCCUUGAAACUAGUGGAUUGGAACUAGAGAACGACUAUGACACCGACAGCUUUGGUAUUGAUAUUCAAGGUUUUGAUGACGACGUACCUCUUUUGCGACUGACGGGAAUCGUUGAUACGAGUGAGGCCAGCACUGAAGCCCAAACGUUAGCAGAUGUCCAUGCGACGGAAAGUGAUGACGAUGAGACUCUCUGUAUAUAGUUAAAACAAUUAUAUAUUUACUAGCCUAUAUCAUUUCACCAUUUGUCUCUUGAAACUUUGUGUAUUAUAUUAUUGGGUAAGGUGAAAUAAAAGAAACAGUAUCGUUA